AUGGAAAAACUAACAAGAGAAGAGUGUAACCAUAUUACAGAAAAUACUAAAAAUAAAGAGGAAUUCUUAGAGUUUUCCGAUGAUUUUGUUUUGCGCUCAAGCUGUCAUAAUUUUUCGCCAUAUUACAAAGAAGGAUAUUUAGAAAAAAAAUGCUCAAAUUCAUGGUGUGGUUACGCAAAAAGAUGGUUUCUUUUAAAAAAUAAAAAAUUAUAUUAUUUUAAAACAAAAGAAAGUUUAAGACCGUCUGGUGUUCUAGACCUAGAAUUAAUUCAUAUGAAUAUUAACUAUGAUCAUGGAGUUAAUAGGAAAAGAAAUGCCGACGACUGUUUUUUAUAUUGCAUUGAAUCAAGAAUGUACAAGAACGAAUCAUUAUUAAUAUUAAACCCCCAAAAUACAAAAGUCAAGUUUUAUUUAAGGGGUAAUGAUAAAGAUAUAUGUGAGUGGUACAGUUUAUUAAGUAAUUCAAUGAUUAACAAAAAAAUUACAACUCAACCUAAAUUUAUUUUUUCAGAAAAUAAUUUCUGGAAAAUAGAUAGGAUAUCUGUUGACGUUUUUGAAUCUAUCGCAGACACGGGUGAUAUAGUCUUAUUUAGGUCAAACGUUGUCUCAGCAAAACUUCAGCGUAUGUUGACAAGGGGAGAAUAUGAUCACAUUGGAAUGAUUUUAAGGAAUGACAAAAAUAAUUUAUUCCUUUUAGAAGCGCUAUCAAAUAUGGGAAUUGUCUUAACACCUUGGGAUCUCUUUCGAAAAAACCGAUGGAACGAAGCAUAUGCUAGGAUUGCUUUAAGACGUCUAACAUGGGAUAACUCUGAAGAGAAUCUUCGAAAUUUAUUAAAUUUUUUGAAAAAUACAAUAGGAAAAAAAUAUAAUUUAAAAAUAAUUAAUUUUAUUACUCCCAAAUCUGCGGGUACGGAUAGUUACUUUUGCUCAGAAUUGAUAGGAGAGUGUUGGAAGAUAAUGGGUGUCAUUCCUUUAAGUACCACUUGUUCUUAUAUUUGGCCAAGCAAUUUUUCCGAAAAAUUCGAAGAAAAAAUUAAGUUACAGUCAGGCUGUCAGCUAAAUAAUGAACUGUGCAUAGAUUUUUCCCUAUGA